AUGUUAACACCAAGUCUCACCAACGCUCAACAAGUUAGAGAUUUCGUCUCAAAGACUCACAACAAGCCGUACGCAGCCAUCGAUCCGAAAACCACUGAACUUCCAAGAGACUAUGUCGUGUGUAUCAUUGGCGCUGGAGGAGCCGCAGGAGCAGGGUUAGCACGAUCGUUCGCUAAAGCAGGCGCAUCAGGUAUCAUACUUGCAGCCCGCACGCAAAGGUCCUUGGAGACAACAGCCAAUGAAGUCAGUGCUAUCAACCAGUCCGCCAAGAUAGUCUCAAUUUCGUGCGACAUCAGUUCCAAUGACGACGUGGCCAAGAUUGCUACCGCCGUCAAGGAGCAGUUCAAUGGGAAGCUCGAUGCUGUAUUUGUCAACUGCGGGUUUUCGGGGCCACUCUCUAAGGCCACAGUUCUUGAAGAGGAGUUUGAAGACGUAGAGAAGGCUUUUGCUACUCAUUGUUUGGGCACAUGGCUGGCAGCUCAUCAUCUCUUACCUUUUCUCCUCACUAGCAAAGGUAGUUUUAUUGUGAUCAGUUCAAUCUCGGCACAAGGCAUCGCUGGCUUCGGAACCACGUCUCACUAUUGCGCAAGUAAGCUUGCUCAAGCUCGCUUGAUUGAGAUACUUCAUGCGCAAUAUGCCGACAAAGGUGUCUUCGUUGCCAGUGUCCACCCAGGCGGGAUGAAGAGUGAGUUUGCGCGAGCGGCAUCAGAGGAUAUCCAGCAUUUGUUGAACGACAGUCCCGACCUUGUGGGCGCAUUUUCUGUGUGGUUGUUGAAGUCACCUGGUUUCGAGGCACGGAAAGAUGCAUUGAAUGGACGAUGGCUAUCUUGCAAAUGGGAUGUGGAUGAGUUGCAAGACAAAUUUGAGAGCAUUCAGCAGCGAGAUUUACUAAAGUUCAGAAUGGCCAUAGAGUAA